GUGGGUAGAUGUACAGCUGCGAAGAAGAGGAGGAAGAGGAGGAGGAAGAAGAGGAAGGAGAGCCAUUCAUGCUUUCCUUACAUUUCUUCUGCUUUCCCUGACAGAGAAACUCAAGUUCUGUAUUUCCCCCCCUGUGGUUUGCCUAAGCAGCGUUAAGAGGAAACUUCUUUUCGCAUGAUGUCAGACUGCGAGGGAAUGGCUGUGGAUGACAGCGCUUCUGCCGCCAGCAGCAUGGAGGUGACAGACCGCAUUGCUUCGCUGGAGCAGCGUGUCCAGUUGCAGGAAGAUGAUAUUCAGUUGCUCAAGUCAGCUCUGGCAGACGUGGUGAGACGCCUGAACAUUACGGAGGAGCAGCAGGCCAUGCAGAACAAGAAAGGACCUACCAAAGCAAGACCCCUAGUACAAACACUGCCUUUGAAGACUACUGUUAAUAAUGGAACUGUUCUACCAAAGAAGCCCAGCGGCUCUCUGCCUUCCCCAUCAGGAACCAGGAAAGAGAUUGUAUCUCCAGCAGCAAAAAGCACUGUCAAAAGAACCAACUCAACGGAACGUGUGUCCCCUGGGGGUCGGAGGGAAAGCUACGGAGAUUCCAAAGUCAGCCGUAAUAGAGCUGGAUCCACGAGCAGUUCAUCAAGUGGCAAAAAGAACAGCGAAAGCAAACCCAAGGAACCAAUGUUCAGUGCAGAGGAAGGAUAUGUUAAAAUGUUUCUGCGUGGACGUCCUGUUACCAUGUACAUGCCCAAAGAUCAAGUGGAAUCUUAUAAUUUGGAAGCAAAAGCGGAACUACCGGCCAAGAGGCUUAAACUGGAAUGGGUGUAUGGCUACAGGGGCCGGGACUGUCGCAGCAACCUGUACCUUCUUCCGACAGGUGAAACUGUCUACUUCAUUGCAUCAGUUGUUGUAUUGUACAACGUUGAAGAGCAGCUACAAAGACAUUACACCGGUCACAAUGAUGAUGUGAAGUGCCUCGCUGUCCACCCAGACAGGAUCACCAUAGCAACUGGCCAGGUUGCAGGAACAUCUAAGGAUGGGAAACAAUUACUACCCCAUGUCCGUGUUUGGGACUCCGUUACUUUGAAUACUCUCCACGUCAUUGGAAUGGGGUUCUUCGACAGGGCAGUCACGUGCAUUGCGUUUUCCAAAUCGAAUGGAGGAAGUAACCUUUGUUCGGUGGAUGAUUCCAAUGACCAUGUGCUUUCAGUGUGGGACUGGCAGAGAGAAGAAAAGCUUGCAGAAGUCAAGUGCUCUAAUGAAGCCGUAUUUGCCGCGGAUUUUCAUCCUACGGACACGAAUAUAAUUGUUACAUGUGGGAAAUCGCAUCUUUAUUUUUGGACGCUAGAAGGGAAUUGUCUUGUUAAAAAGCAAGGACUGUUUGAGAAACAAGAGAAGCCAAAGUUUGUCCUCUGUGUAACCUUCUCUGAAAAUGGUGAUACAAUCACAGGAGACUCGAGUGGAAAUAUCUUAGUUUGGGGAAAAGGUACCAACAGAAUAAGCUCUGCAGUCCAAGGCGCCCAUGAGGGUGGCAUUUUUGCACUAUGUAUGCUGCGGGAUGGAACGCUUGUGUCUGGAGGCGGAAAAGACAGAAAGCUCGUAUCGUGGAACGGGAAUUACCAAAAACUUCACAAAACUGAGAUUCCGGAACAGUUUGGACCCAUAAGAACAAUAGCUGAGGGGAAAGGUGACGUCGUGUUGAUAGGCACUACUCGAAAUUUCGUUCUACAAGGCUCCCUGUCAGGAGACUUUUCUCCAAUUACACAGGGCCAUACCGAUGAGCUCUGGGGCCUAGCAGCACAUCCUUCCAAACCUCAGUUCUUCACGUGCGGGCAAGACAAACACAUCACGCUCUGGGAUGCUAUCAGCCACAGUCCAAUCUGGACCAAAAUUAUAGAGGAUCCAGCACAGUCCGCUGGUUUUCAUCCUUCAGGGCCUGUCAUUGCAGUCGGAACACUAACUGGAAGGUGGUUUGUGUUUGACACCGAAACAAAAGAUUUGGUCACUGUGCACACAGACGGAAACGAACAGCUGUCCACAAUGCGUUACUCACCAGACGGCAACUUCUUGGCAAUAGGCUCUCACGAUAAUUGUAUUUACAUAUACAGUGUUAACGACAAUGGGAGAAAAUACAGUAGAAUUGGCAAAUGCUCAGGUCAUUCCAGCUUCAUUACUCACUUGGAUUGGUCCGUUAAUUCUCAGUACCUCGUGUCUAAUUCAGGGGACUAUGAAAUCCUAUACUGGGUUCCUUCAGCUUGUAAGCAAGUCGUAAGCGUGGAAACCACUAGAGAUAUAGAAUGGAUGACCUACACAUGUACUUUAGGGUUCCAUGUUUUUGGUGUGUGGCCAGAAGGCUCAGAUGGCACAGAUAUCAAUGCUGUCUGCCGCUCACAGGGGAGGAAAUUGUUGUCAACCGGUGAUGACUUUGGCAAAGUACAUCUCUUCUCGUAUCCAUGUUCACAGUUCAGGGCUCCCAGCCACGUGUACGGCGGGCACAGUAGUCACGUAACCAACGUAGAUUUUCUAUAUGAAGACACUCAUCUCAUCUCGACAGGUGGAAAAGAUACCAGUAUUAUGCAGUGGCGCGUCAUUUAGAGGAAACAUUGUCUGAACAGAUGUGUUGACAAGAACUGGCCCUGCACAGAAGUCCUCUAUAAAACUGUAUAUUUAAAAUUUAACAGUAUGGUUGCCGUCUAGCCUAGUCACUGUGAUUUUUAAGUUUGAAAAAAAAAUCCUUACAAACCUCAGGAAAGCUAAGUCCUCGGCUAGCUGCCGUACUUAUUUCAGUAACUUGGUAAGCAUUGUGGGGGGGGGGCUUGGGGGGGAGAUCCUCUUGUUUUGUUGUACACAACAUAUGAAGCAGUACAACUUUAAAAUGAAGUCAUGGCUUGAACAUUUAUGCAAUACAUAUGAACAGGACUGUUUUCUAUUAAUAGCCAGACAGAAAGCUCAUCCUAAUAAUUACGUAUAUGUGCUUCACAGUUUCAUUAUUUACACUUUUGUACUGUCUGGCUGCAUAGUUAGAAGGUCCCAAUGGCCGGUGAAAUAGCGGCACUCCAGCUUCUGAUGGAUUGUGAGGAUUGGAUGUGAAAGGCGCAACACAAGCUGGAGAAGCCCCUAGAUACCGCGAUAUUUUUUCUUUUCAAAGGAGCUGCCUUAGGUCUGCGAUCUGAAAUGAAAUAAGUCCGUUCACAACAGCAGAACUUGCCAAGUUUCUUCCAAAGUAAAGACCUUGUUUAAACAAGAAAAUGUGAAAGAGAAUUUGUUAAUUUUGCAUUUUUUAAAAAAUUUCCUGGCAUAGCAAACAUUAAAGUGAAAGGAUACAAUCCCACAGAGGUGACCAGAGACCAGUUUCCGCCGGCGUGGGGUUUAGUCACAACAAAAUAAAGCUUCACUGAUUUUUUUUUUUGUUCAGCAAAAUUGUCUGGUUCAAGACAAAACCCUUUUUGAAAGAAAAACUUCUACAUGAACCAUUUGACUAAAGAUAACGAAACCAACUUGUCCCCAUCUCCAUUAUUCCUCUGACGGAAUAAACGAAUUUGUUAAGUUGGUCAGCAAGAGUGCUACUGCCUUACACACAUGUAAGGGUUUUUUUUAGCAGUUCAUAAAGAAUGGUAAGGCAUUCUAAGCUUUACUUGUCUAUUGCUUAUGGAUAUUGUAUAUUCGUGUGCUAAGGCCGACGAGACCAAGUAUAAAAUGAUCCUUUUAAAGUACGCCGUAAACCUGCGAAGAAACACAGAAAUGAAAUGUAUAUAAACCAUUAAGAAGGCCAACUAGACUGCAUGCAGCCUAACUUGGUAUUUCGGGCUACAAUCCUGGGCACAGUCCGAGAGGUGGACACCCCCCCAGGGCCCCCUUUGUAAUGUCCGGCUGCUAUUCUUUGAUCAUACCAUGCAGCCCACUUGGGGCUCCCCAAAACGGCUGAACAGUAAUGAAUUAAGUCCCCUGGCCCAACCUCUUUUGAUGGACGAAAAUUUAUACUGAGAAAUAAAGAUUGUUGUUUUGCAGCCAAGUGAUGUGGAGGAUGGCGUAAGAGAGUUCCGAAGGCCUUACCAAUUUUGAUUGUGAUGGAGACAGAAAAAAAGUGUUUACAUUGGGGGAAUGUAUCUAGAAAACAUUUUAAAGGGGAGCAUUGUUAUAAGCAGGCUCUAAAAUGCUUACAUUGUAAAAGAGGGGGCGGCGGCGGGGUGUGUGCAUAAUGGACAGGAAACAUGUAUUAACUGAGCUCUGAAGCACGGGUUGUUUAGAGUAAUUCAAUGAAGAUUUGAUAAGUUUUGAAGCUUUCUUUUUUUUUAAAAAAAAAAGUUGCAUCCCCAGCCUGCUACACUAAAAGUGCA